AUGCCUCCCCCGAAUCCCGACUGGGUCAAGGCUCUCAAGCCGUCAGGCCUGAACGGACAGGAGCUCCUCGAGCAGGAAAGAGCCAAGUCCAAUGUCAACGUGGACCAGCUUGCCGAAUUUCUACACACCAGCCAGGCGCUCGAGAGAAACGCAAGAAUCUUGGAGAUUCUGCAGUCCCAUCCCGUCUUCGACAAGUCCCAAAACUACUUCAACGGUCGCAUCGAGAGAAUAGAGGCCGCGCUGGCAAGGGGCAAGGCGUUGAGACAGCUGUCGGUCAAGCAUCAAUGGGACCAGGACGAGUAUACCGUCGCCAAUGACCUCAUUAGCGAACCGACGCCCUACGGCCUCCAUGCCACUAUGUUCAUGAAGACGUUGCAGGAACAGGGCACGCCCGAGCAACACAAGGUGUUUCUCGAAAAGGCCCAAAACUACGAAUACAUCGGCUGCUAUGCGCAGACGGAGCUUGGUCACGGCUCCAACGUUCGCGGCCUUGAGACGACGGCCACUUGGAACCAGCAGGACAAGACCUUUACCAUCCAUUCACCACACCUGACCGCCUCCAAGUGGUGGAUCGGCUCCCUCGGAAAGGCCGCGAACCAUGCUGUCGUGAUUGCGCAGCUCAUCAUUGAUGGCAAGACGUACGGCCCCCAUCCCUUUGUCGUUCAGAUUCGCGAUCUCAAGACGCACAAGCCCCUGCCAAACGUCCACGUCGGCGACAUUGGCCCCAAGUUUGGCUACAACACCAUGGACAACGGCUUCUUGCUCUUCAACAAGGUCAAGGUCCCCCACAUCAGCCUCCUCAGUCGCUUCUCAGGCGUGGACCCCGAGACCGGAAAGUACAUCAGGCCCCAGAACCCAGCUCUUGUCUACGGCACCAUGACUUAUAUCCGGUCCACCAUUGUCCUGCAAUCCGGGUCGGUGCUUGCUCGAGGCGUGACCAUUGCCGUUCGCUACUGCGCCGUCCGCCGGCAGUUCCAAGACCGUGACAGCACCAACGAUGAGUUGGGCGAGAACCAGGUCAUCGACUACACCAUGGUCCAGCACCGUCUCCUCCCCCUGUUGGCGGCCACGUAUGCCCUUCACUUUACAGGACGUGCCAUGCUGAGGCUGUACAACGAGAACCAGAAGCGUCUGGCCGGCCCGGCCUCCAAGUCCAGCCACGACAUCCUCCCCGACCUCCACGCCACGUCCUGCGCCCUCAAGGCCUUCUCGUCCACCGUUGCCGCAGAAGGGCUCGAGGUCUGCCGCCGCGCGUGCGGUGGCCACGGAUACUCUGCAUUCUCCGGCAUCGGUAGCUGGUACGCCGACUACCUGCCCACCGUCACCUGGGAGGGCGACAACUACAUGCUCACGCAGCAGGUCGCCCGCUACCUGCUAAAGUCUGCCCGCGCCGUCCUCAAGGGCAAGCCGGCGUCCAACGACAUCUCCGGCGUCCUGGCCGAAUUCAAGGCGAGACAGGACAUUGGCGCCGCGUUCGACAUCCUCGACAAUGACGAGGAUCUCGUCAAGGCGUUUGCCUGGAGGGUGGCGUUUCUGACCUUUGAGGCCCUCAAGCACCGAGACGAGGAGAAGCAGGCCUGGAACAGCCUCCUCAUCGACUUUUGGCGCCUGUCCACGGCCUUUGCGCAGUACCUCAUUGUCAAGAACUUCUACGAGACGCUCCAGGACCAGGCCACGACCUCGUCCCUCGACCCGGCCACCACCACCAUGCUCCGCAGCUUGUUCCACCUCUUUGCGCUCAACUACCUGCAGUCGCAUGCUUCCGAGUUCUUCACCAGCGGUGCCUCGACCGUCCGCCAGAUCCAGCUGGCGCGCACCAAGCGCACGCUUUCGCUGCUCAAGGAGAUUCGCCCCCACGCCGUCAAGUUGGUCGACGCCUGGAAGUUCUCGGACUGGCAGCUCGACAGCUCGCUGGGCCGGUACGACGGCCGCGUGUACGAGGACAUGUUCCACAGGGCGUCCGAGGUCAACCCCCUCAACGAUAUCACCUUUGAUCCUUAUCCCGACUCGAGUGUCUUGUUUCAGUCUGACAAGCGGGCGUCGAAGCUGUAA